AUUAUCGAUUAAUGUGAAAUUGUCAAAGGCUUCGUUCAUUAAUCUUAGAGGAUAGAAAAAUUGCAAGAUUUUUAUUAUUGCAAUUAUUUGUUAAUAUUCAUGGAAGGACUUGUUAAUUACAGUAGCGAAGACGAACAGGAGGAGACAAUGGAUCAUAUAACUUUGCCAAAUUCCUUUAGGCUGAACGCGGAAGCGGUGGUCACAGUCCUGGCAGAAUAAGGCGUUCCUAUGAAAGUGAAGCCACAAUGAUAGGCGAUGGUAGUCGUGGAGGGGGUAAACGUGGUUCACCACCUGCCCGCAACAGCAAUUACAGAGAUGAGGGUUACGUGUAUGGAUAUAUCCGUACACCGAAAGGAUGUAGAAAGUCUAAAAUGUGUUAGCGUUAUUUAAUACAUUCAAAAAAAGUUAUAACAAAUUAAUUCAUACAGAUUAAAUUUUUUUAGCCAUUAUUAAUAAACAUUUGUAAAAUUUAUCUUAGCUUUAUUUUUUAAAUUCGUUUUAUCCAAAAUUAAAAAACAAAUUGAUAAUUUUCGUAAACACUUAUAAGCCUUUAUAUUUAUUUGUUAUAUUAGUAUAUCUUGUCUAAAUUAAAAAUCGUUAAAACCUAUUUCAAGUAGUGAAAAAAUGUAUAUAUUUAUGUACGUUCAUAUUCUGGUCAAUAAGAGGUUCAAUGAAAAGUUUUCGUCAAUUUUUUGGGUUGGUUGUUGUAGGGUUUCAAGUAAAAUCGAAAUGGCCUUGAAAUAUGAAAAAAUAGUUUCCGGGCUCCGCUUAUUGUUACCUCAUUUCGCUUGUUCAAUAGGCAUUCCCAUUAUUAUUUUUUGUAAAUACAUAGCUAUAAUUUUAUAUUAAAAUCAUUUAAUUAACAAACUAUCCACUUUUGUUAUUGUUGUUAUAUAUAAAAUGUCGAAAAGUUACAAUCUGCAUCUCUACGUACGCACACCUACAUACAUAACUAUAAAUCAAGCCAGCCGCAGACCUGGUUUGGUCGUGCGUAAAAAGCAAAUUUAUAUCCGGCGACCUGAAAGGAGCGCACAAAUAGAAAGUGUAACUUAAAAAUUUUCCGCCAGAAAGAAAAAGACCCUAACAUUUUUUAUAGGAAUGCGAAAAAAAAUACGAAGGAGCCUUUUUCUAUGUGUGUUCCCAUUACAUACUUAACUUUACUGUGUAGGAGUUGAGCUGUAAAUGAACGACACACAAAAGCAGAGCUCUUCCUUUGGCAGCAGUAAGAGACCAACAUCAUCAACGUAUCACAGUCGAGACAACAAGCGAGACAACCGCGAUAACAGGAGAGAAAGUCGCGACAAUGUACGUGAUCAUAGAGAAGAGAGGGAAUCGAGAGAUACUCGUUAUUCAAAAGAUCACACUCGUUAUGACUAUAAAAAUGAUCGUACGCGUACAAGAGAUUACCAAAAUGAUCACAGGCGAGAUCGUGAUAACUUUGAUAAUCGGCGACCACCUCGUGAUGAUGAUCGUAACAGGCCCUCAUCUUCUUCAUACAAAAAUAAUCGCUAUGGAGGUAAUGGGCGCGAUGAACGACCUAGACAUGAUUCCUCGACUAUAAUUGCGGGUCCUUCAUCAUUACGUCAACAACAUCACAACCGCUCACUCGAUCAACGACAUACGGAGCAUUAUGAUCAUUCUACUAGUCGUCAUCGACGUCGUAGUAACUCUCGCUCUCCAUCUCCUUCAACUGCGCAACGGCAUUACCAUAGUAAGCGUUCGGCUCACGAUGAAAAGUCAUAUUCGCGUCAUCGCAGUCGAUCACGUUCACGCUCUAUUACCCCGACACGUUCUGAUUCCCGUGAAAAAGAUCGGGAAGGAUUUGCUUUAGAAAAAGCGCGCUUAUCAGCUCAGGCAAUGGAGCGUAAAAUACAUACCGAUAGUCAUUCAUCACAAGAAAAAGGAAUUCAGUCUCUACACUCCAGCGCACGUACAGAAGCACUGUUAUCUUUACCAUUAAAUGAAACUGCGCCAAAGCAGCCAAACGUGAUUGCUGUUGCACCAGUUCCUUCAACCUCUUCUAAUAAUGGCGGUGAACCAGCGGUCAUCCAACUACCCAGUUACUAUAACCCCAAUGUUAUAAAUCCAAACAAAUAUGCUGAGCAGGUACAGAAGCGCAAACUGCUAUGGGGAGCAAAGAAAGCGGAAGAUACCGCUGCAAAAUGGGGCAAUGCACAAUUUUCUCAAGAUACCGAUGGGAAAGUUGCAUCCAAAUUUAUGCGUCUGAUGGGCAUAAAAGGCAGCGGUCCCUCGAAGAGUGAAGAAGUGGUUGAACAAAAGGUUGUUCCGACGGUGGCACCAGAUGUCAAAACGAGGGAGGUAAUGUUCUCAAACAUGGAGCAGCAGUAUGAGGUCGCACGCCAAGCUACUCAUACAAUGCGUGGUGUCGGUUUAGGUUUCAGUUCACAAGCUCGACCGUUUUGAAUAAUAUGUGCGAGCAAAGUGACAUGCGAAGUUGAGGAAAACUAUCUCAAAUUGUUCAAUUUUCGUGUAGUUUAAAUGACACGCAACACAUGUUUAUAAUAUUUGUUUCUGAACCUAUGUAUGAAAAAAUAAUUGGUAUGUUAAAUAAACCCAUAAAUGAAUAAAUGAAUAUGUUGUGGAAAA